GAACAUGGCGUACAACCAGCUGAGCGGACCCAUCCCCACUGGCGUAGGCCAGCUGCUCAAGCUCUCUGUCCUGUCAGUCUCUACCUCCCUCUCCCACUCCCUUCCACUCCUUCAAUCAACUCAUCUCAAUCCCUUCCUCUCCCUUCGCACCCGUUUCCACCCCUUUCCCACUCCUUCCUACUCCUUCCCACGCACUCUUACUCCCUCCCACUCCCCUCCUUCCCUUCCACUCCGUCCCUCCCACUCCUCACUCCCUCACUCCUCACUCCUUCCCCUGCUAUCCUAGCCCCUCGUCCUCCGCAGCAGCAUCAAGGUUUAAGGCGGGUGCGGCACAACCAGCUCAACGGCACCAUCCCUGACUGCAUCUCCCACUGCUCGCUGCUCCAAUCGCUGCACGUGAGCAUCAACCAGCUCACCGGCUCGCUUCCAGAAACCCUAGGCCAGCUUUCUAAGCUAAAGAAAUUGUGGGCGCACAACAACAGCCUCACAGGCGGCAUUCCCCAGUCCCUCAGCCAACUCUCGUUCCUGCAAGACCUGAAUCUGGGCAACAACAACCUCACGGGCACCAUCCCUGCACCGGUCUUCACGCUCACCAUGCUCACAUCGCUGUCGCUGGACAACAACAACCUCACGGGCUCGCUGCCAGACGCCCUCACGCAGCUGCAAGAGAUCAAGAAACUCAACCUAGGGGGGAACCAUUUAGAGGGCACCAUCCCAAAUGCCAUCAAUAAACUCACCAACCUUGAACAUCUGGAGUUGGAUCACAACGAGCUGCAGGGCUCCAUCCCCACAUCCAUAGCGCGCCUGCAAGACCUCAGCCUCCUCAACCUGGCGAGCAACAAGCUCACGGGCAACAUUCCCACCAAAUUUGGCACCCUCAAGUCACUCAAGUACUUGCAGCUGUCCAGCAACCGUCUAGAGGGGGCCAUCCCCCCCGCUAUUGCUGCCUGCACCGCACUCAAGUCACUGGCGGUGAGCAGCAACCAGCUGAGCGGGUCCAUCCCACAGGGGCUCCUCUCCCUCGCACUGCUCAGACAACUGGCGCUAGACAACAAUAGUCUGAGCGGGUCCAUCCCAUCGGGCCUCAGCCGCCUCACCAGCCUCAGGACGCUAUCGCUGGCGGGCAACAGCAUCUCGGGCCCUCUCCUGCCUGGCCUCGCGUCACUCAAGCGCCUGGAAACGCUUUACUUAAACCAAACGCAGCUCACAGGGUACCUCCCUCCCGACCUGGGCAGCCUCGAGUUCCUCGAAAGUUUGAGCACGGCCAACACGUCGCUGUCGUGCCCGGCGUCGUCCUCCUCGUGCGUCUCGCCGCUCUCCAAUGCCUCGCGCUUCUGCCACCUCUGCCCCCACUACUGCUCCGCCUGCCUUGCUGGCGCACCGGUGGCGCGCACGGUGGCCAUCGCCGUGGGGGUGUCACUGGCGGUGGUGCUGCUGGUGGGCGCGCUGGGCGGGUGGUUCAUCUACCAGCGCCUCAAGAAGCGCAGAGGCAUGGGCGCGUCCGCUCGAGUGCAAAGCGUGGAGGCAUUCGUGGAGUACUCGCUAGCGGAGGUGAAGAAGGCCACCAACAACUGGGCGCCCGACAACCGCCUGGGCGCGGGGGGCUUCGGCGACGUGUACCAGGGCGUGAACCCGCGCGACGGCAGCACGCGGUGGGCGGUGAAGCGCGGGCGCGUGGUGACAGAGGACUUUGACACGGAGGUGCGGCAGAUGGCCACCAAGCACCACCCGCACCUGGUGCGCCUGCUGGGGUACUGCGACGAGGCGGACAAGGAGCAGCAGGAGCAGAUCCUCAUCUAUGAGUUCGUGCCCAACGGCGACCUCGACCACUGGAUCGGCCCCAAGGCGGCAGGCUCGCUGACGAUACGGCAGCGGGUGGACAUUCUGAUAGGAGCAGCGAGGGGCUUUGAGUACAUGCACAGCUUCAACAUCGUGCAUCGGGACAUCAAGCCUGCUAACAUCCUCAUCACCAACGACAUGCAGGCGAAGAUAGCGGACUUUGGGCUGGUGCGGCAGGAGGAGGGGCCGGGGAGUCUGUCGGCGACGAGGGUGAUGGGCACGCCGGGCUAUGUGGACCCCGCAUACCUGCUGUCUCAGAAGGCCACCACUGCCACUGACGUCUACAGCUUUGGAGUGCUCAUCCUGGUGAUGCUCACGGGGCGGGAUGUGGUGGAGUCCGCACAGAAGAAGUUCACGCACCUGCGCGACCUCGCGAAGCAAGCCGUGGCCUCCAGCGACGCCAGUGCCAUCCGCGACCCGGCCCUCCCCGACGCGCCCGACGCGGCCCUGCUGCUGAUCGCGGACAUCGCAGUGCGGUGCACGGACCAGCGCACGGCGCUGCGCCCCUCCAUGAGCGAGGUGGUGAACGCGCUGCAGGCGGUGCGGCGGCAGCACCUGGGGGGCGACGAGGAGGAGCAGAAGAAGGCGGAGUCAGCGGUGCUGGUGGACGCGGAGAUAGAGGCGAUGCGCGUGGAGCUGAGGGGGCACGAGGACACGCUGGACGAGGAGCUCAGCGCCGUCAUGCGCUCCAUGGCCACGCCCCGCGGGGCCGCUGCUGCCACCCAUGGGUUCCCGCCCGUGUCUGGUUCGGGCGGUGGGUCUGGUGCUGCUGGGAGUGCUGGCUCUGAAGCAGCAGACACGCGGGUGACCAUUCACGACCCCCACCCGCUCCCCACGGCCUCUGAAGGAGCCGCCGCCGCUGCUGCCACUGCUGCUGCUGCAGCUGCUGCGGGCGCCAAGGCUGGCGAGCAAGAGGAAAUCCAAGAGGUGUCGCUGCAGUUCUACCUUGAUAAGCCCGCACCCGCCUCACACACCCCACCGCCCGCCCCACCACCCGCAGAACAGCCUGCAUCGUUCCAGUUCUCUCCUGCACCAGACCCUUCCUUGCCCCCGCCUGGAAGUAGCGGCGAUGGUAGGGCGCCGGGUGGUGGUGCUGUUGAAGCAGGGAGAGGCCAGGACACUGUGUUGUCUGUGGACGACUCACAGCAGGGCGGGGCUUGGGAGGAGCACCCCCCGCAUGGGGAUGUGCAUGUGGGAGGGCAGCAAGCUGCUUCACCUCCCCCACCGCUCUUCAGGCAGCAUGAGCUCGAAGCUGCGCCCCAAGAUGAAUCCGAGCCUGAGCUCAAGCGUGAACCUGAGGGUGGCACUGGAUUCGUGCACACGGCUGGACGUGGUCCUGGGCAUGGUGCUGGGCCCGUGCAUGGGGAUGGGGAGGCGCCCAUUGCACUUCACGCACAGGGGGCUUUCAUGGGAGAGCUGCAAUACGCCGCUCCUGCCUCUGCUGCUUCUGCCCCUGCUGCUGCUACCUCUACUGCAUCUGCCUUGUCUGCUGGUGCUGCUGGCAUGGCUGGGGCAGAGGAUUCUGAUGCUGAAUCUUUCUCGUUCGGGAACCUUGCUCCCCAAACUUCUUCUGCUGCCCUCACCCCUCCACCUGUCCUCACCCCUCCACCUGUCCUCACCCCUCCACCUGUCCUCACCCCUCCACCUGUCCUCACCCCUCCACCUGUCCUCACCCCUCCACCUGUCCUCACCCCUCCACCUGUCCUCACCCCUCCUCCUGCCCUCACCCCUCCACCUGUCCUCACCCCUCCUCCUGCCCUCACCCCUCCUCCUGCCCUCACCCCUCCUCCUGCCCUCAACCCUCCUCCUGCCCUCACCCCUCCUCCCACCCUCACCCCUCCUCCUGCCCUCACCCCUCCUCCUGGCCCCGCCCCUCCUCCUGCCCUCACCCCUCCUCCCACCCUCAACCCUCCUCCUGCCCUCAACCCUCCUCCUGCCCUCACCCUUCCUCCCGCCCUCACCCCUCCACCUGGCCUCCGCCCACCACCAGGCAGGACCACAACCCCAGCAGCGCCUGUCCCACAGCCCGCACCUGCGUUGUCAUCACAGCUAUCACUGGGCGUCACAGCUCUGAUGUCUGAGGACUCCACCCAAGAUGAUGACCCACUGGCAGAAACACCAAGCUCUGACGCGCCCGACCCCGACUCAUCCCACACGUCAGACCCCGCUGGAGCAUCAGGGGGUUCUUCUAUCAGCCAGCAAGAUUCAAGUGGUCCGGGGGAUUCUUCUGGCUCUGCUCGCAAGAGUUCGCGCAAGGGUGGCCGGAAGGGUCGUAGAGGGAGGUGA